CCUCAAUCCGGCCUUGUUACCCCUCUUUCUCAUGCACAUUGCAGGCGUGUUUUCCAUGCGCACAACCGCUCUGUGAUCGUAUUUAUUUAGCCGCAAAAUGGGCAAAGCCAGUAAAAUAAAGGUCGGCAAACAGCUCCACGGAGUGCCUCUGGACAAACAGCUCCAGGAGUACGGGACGGCAAGAAAAGCCAGAGUUAAGUCGAGGAACCGGAAAGAUGAAGACGAACUGUUUGUAGACGGCAAGCUUUCGAAAAAGAUUCUCGACCAGGCCCGCAAGCAGCAGGAGGACUUGGAAGAAGAGCAUGGACUGCAAUCCAGCUCAGCGAAAGUCGCAUUUAAGGUGCCUGAUGCCAAGCCGCGGCUGCUUGUCAACAAGGGCGCGUCGAGUGAUGAAGAAGAUGAUCAUGAGGAGCCUCCCGAGGAUGACACAUUUUUCGAGACGAUCGAGAUUGACGAGGCGGACGAGAGGGCUCUCGAGUUGUUCAUGAGCGAGAACAGCAAGGCUCGGCGCACGCUGGCCGACAUCAUCAUGGAGAAACUCAAGGAGCACGAGACAGAGGUGGCCACCUUGUUAUCAGAUGCGGGAAGUAUGCAAAUGGCUGACCUUGAUCCCAAGGUCGUGGAGAUGUACCGUGGUGUGAAGAAAGUGCUGAGUCGGUACCGUUCUGGCAAGUUACCCAAAGCAUUCAAGAUCAUCCCUGCACUCUCCAAUUGGGAACAGGUGCUGCACCUGACUGAUCCUGAUUCGUGGUCAUCAGCAGCGAUGUACCAAGCGACCCGCAUCUUUGCUUCAAACCUGAAAGAAAAGAUGGCUCAGAGGUUUUACAAUCUUGUCCUGCUACCACGAGUGCGAGAUGACAUAGCUGAGUACAAGAAGCUGAACUACCACUUGUACCAGGCCCUGCGGAAAGCACUGUUCAAACCGGGUGCCUUCUUCAAGGGGAUCAUACUUCCUUUGUGCGAGUCAGGAACUUGCACCCUACGUGAGGCCAUCAUCGUUGGCAGCGUGUUGAGCAAGAACUCUGUGCCCAUGUUGCACGCUUGCGCAGCCAUGCUGAAGAUAGCGGAGAUGCCUUACACAGGCGCGAACUCCAUCUUUCUGCGCCUGCUGAUCGACAAAAAGUACACUCUCCCCUACCGAGUCAUCGACGCAGUUGUGCACCACUUCCUCAGGUUUGAGCGAGAACAGCGGGAGCUGCCUGUGCUGUGGCACCAGUGCCUGCUGAGCUUCUGCCAGCGCUACAAGGGCGACAUCUCUUCCGAGCAAAAAGAGGCUCUGCUGGCACUGCUGCGUGCCCAGUCGCACUACAGCAUCACGCCCGAGAUACGCUGGGAGCUGCAGCACGCCACGUGCCGUGACGUCGAGGUGACCGAGCCCAUGCCACAGGAGGGGGAGGAGGCUGCAGAUGCCGUUGCCAGCAGAGGGGGAAGCGCAGAAGAGGAACCUUUGUCCGAAAUGGCCUCCUGACGAGAAACAGGGGCAUGGGAUAUAGCGCAGGACAGCCUGUCCACAACGAAGUGUAAAAUAAAGCUGUGAGCGAUAAGAAAAAGCUGUCAACAUUGUUAAA